CGCUGCCGGAGUGGCGGGCCCGGGUCGCGGUCCCCGCCCGCUCUGCCCUGCCCGCGCUCCCCGCCCCGCGUGCCCGACGCGCUGCCGCCUGCCACCGAGCCGCCUCCGCCCGCCGUGGAUGCGGCCGGGGAGCGGGCGGAGCGCGGCGCCGGGGAGGGGGGCCGGCGCGGCUGCCGGAGCCCACGUACAUGCGAGUGCCCUCUCCGCUCACCAGCAUGCUUUACUUCCAGAUGGUGAUCAUGGCAGGGACCGUGAUGCUGGCUUACUAUUUCGAGUACACGGACACCUUCACGGUCAACGUGCAAGGCUUCUUCUGCUACGAGGGCGCGUACCGAAAGCCCUACCCGGGCCCGGAGGACCGCAGCGCCGUGCCCCCGGUGCUUCUUUACUCGCUGACCGCAGGCGUGCCCGUGCUGGUGAUUAUUGUUGGAGAAACUGCAGUGUUUUGUCUACAGUUAGCUACAAAGGAUUUUGAAAACCAAGAGAAAACAAUAUUAACUGGAGACUGUUGUUAUAUAAAUCCACUGGUGCGAAGGACCAUCAGAUUCCUUGGAAUUUAUGCAUUUGGACUGUUUGCUACAGACAUCUUUGUAAAUGCUGGUCAAGUAGUAACAGGGAAUCUUGCACCACAUUUUCUUGCACUUUGUAAACCCAACUAUACAGCACUUGGAUGUAAACAGUACACACAGUUCAUCAGCAGUGUGCAUGCCUGUACUGGAAAUCCAGAGCUCAUCACGAAAGCCAGGAAGACUUUCCCCUCCAAAGAAGCAGCACUAAGUGUAUAUGCAGCUAUGUACCUGGCUAUGUAUAUCACCAACACAGUCAAGGCCAGAGGAACAAGGCUUGCAAAACCUGUUCUGUGUUUGGGCUUAAUGUGCUUGGCUUUCCUUACUGGAAUCAACAGAGUGUCAGAGUACCGAAAUCACUGGUCAGAUGUAAUAGCAGGCUUUGUAAUUGGAAUAUCUAUAGCAGUCUUCUUGGUUGUUUGUGUGGUAAAUAACUUCAGAGGACGUCAGCCAGAACAUGAACAUUCUCAUCUGGAUAACCUGGCCCAGGUGCCCAUGAUCAGCAUACCCCGAGUCGAAAGCCCUUUAGAAAAGAACCACCUCACGGCCUUUGCAGAAGUCACAUGAUGUUGAUGCUGACGUCUAUUCCCUCCAUUGGACUUCAUCUCUUUUCACAGCCCACACAUGACAGUUGCAGUGUAUCCAAAACAAAAAAACAACCAACCACCAACCAACCACCAAGAAGUUUUUAGAGGUCCUCUUUCUGACUUGCUUUUUACGGUCAUUUCAAACGGUCAUACCCCGAACCUUUGGAGGAAUUCUUGAACUGUUAGAACGUCACUUUAAUUUCUAGAGGGGGGGAAAAAAGAAAUAGAAAAUAAUAGAAAUUAACUGUUUACUUUUUU